AUGUCAGGUCAUCACCACCACCACGAUCACGGCGGCCAUUGCCACGGAGAAGACGGUCAUGAUCAUUCCAACGACAUCACCCCCGCGAUUCAAUCUCUCCUCUACUCUCAAAUCCAGUUUGACUCGAUCACUACAUUAAACGAGGCCAGUCCCAAGUCCGGCGCGGCGAUUGUCAAGAAAACAUGGGCCGAAAGGCUCGACGAUGAGCCGGAGCUGGAAAGCGACGCAGAUGAACAGCUGUUGAUGUAUAUUCCGUUCACCGGCCAGGUUAAAGUCCACUCCCUCCUUAUAUACACCGCUCCCACCCCAUCUGCCCCGAAGACCCUAAAGCUGUUCAAGAAUCGCGACGACCUGGACUUCGGAACAGCUUCGGACCUAAAGCCCACGCAGACAGUCGAGAUACCCCAACCUAUGCCGGGCGCAGAUGUUUUCGAGUUGCCGCUGAACCGGGCGCAUUGGAACGCGACUACCUCCAUCACUCUGUUCUUCGAGGAUAACUGGAGCGAUGGGGAAGAAGACGUCACCAAGGUCGGGUAUAUUGGUUUCAAGGGACAGUUUAUGGCCCUAAAUAGGGAGCCAAUCAGUUUCUUGUAUGAGGCGGCUGCAAAUCCGGGUGAUCAUGUUGCUAUUCAGGGUGUGAAUGGAGUAGGGAGCAGGAUUCUGUGA